CAUUUACCCCUUCGACCUUGAGACGAGCCGCUGUCUUCUGUUUGCUUGUGAAUACUUCAUUGGCCAAAAACUCCUCAGCAUGUGGGGUCUCAGUAUGACGAUAAUAUUGUCGUCAAAAUUAGCCUGUGCUUGUAAAUUUUCACAAUCGUUCAGAACCCGUGUGUAUCAUUACGCUCUUCGACCUAAAAUGAUUAGUCCUGAUGAUGCAGUCGAUUCAAAGGAUCCUCGUCUUGUUAAAUUUGUUGCCCCAGCAGGCAAAUGGGAGCAUACAGGGUCAAAUUAUGAUGAGCUUGUUUCAAGAAUUGUUGGAAUGAUGACGAUAAGAGGAGAAAGAGAGGUCGCAAGAGAUGUCAUGCGAAUGACAUUUAGGGAGAUUAAAUUGAUACAGAUAAGGAAAAACAAAAGUAGUAGUAGUAGUAGUGGAGACAAGCCGGAUGGUGAAAAUACUGUUAUAAAUCCAAUUGCUGUGGUUCGUGAAGCAGUCAAAAACUGUACGCCUUUACUACUUUUACAGUCAGUUCCACGUGGUGGUAUCUUGUACAAGGUGCCAGCUCCUCCCGUGUCUGAUUCGGUUGCUACUCAUGCGGCAGUGAAAUUGAUCCUGGAUGCAGCCAGAGACAAACCACGUGCACAGCGUAUAUGGAUCUCUUUGGGUAAUGAGUUGAUAGCCGCAUCACAAAAUCAGGGGACAGCUGUCAAGCGUAAAAUUGAAUUGCAUAAACAAUGCGAAGAAAAUCGUGCCUAUGCUAAUUAUAGAUCACAUUGAAAAUGUAGUAAUUUAUCACACCGAUUGUGUGCCCUCUUGUAAAUAGUCUGUAAAAAAUCAAAU